ACCCGCAUUAGCUGCCCACCCACACCCUUUGUCAUCAUCUUCUCCCCUUCCCCUGCGCGGCCACCCCCACCCCACCGCUCGGCCGUGUUUCUCGCGUCUCGUCUCGCUCCCGCAUUCGCAUCGCCCCCGCCUCCCAUCGUUCGUUCACCGGAGCCCAGCGCUCGUCGGACUCCGCCGCCCGCAAUUCCCCCUGCCCCUGGCUUUUAAUGGGCUUUCCCUCCCACCGACAUGGCCGGCGAUCCCCACACCCGCGCCGCCGGUGACCGCCCCGCCUCCUUCUCCUUCGCCGCCCCCGCUGCAGGAGGCGGACCCCGACCCAGACCCAGCCUCGGCCCCUCCAGCCUCCUGCUCCACCUGCUCCUCCUCCACUCGCUCUUAUAGCCCCAUCAGGCGCCCCGCGCGCGCCCGCGUAUGGCCGCCGUCUUCUUCCACCACGUCGUCGGCGACCUCACCGUCGGCAAGCCGGAGGUCGCGGAGCUCCACGACACCGACACGCUCGAUGACGCCGCGCGCGCCAUCGCUUCCAGCCCCGAGGGCGCCGUGCCGGUCUGGCGCCCGCGGGCCACGCCCGACGACCCGCCGUCCGGGGCCAGGUUCAUCGGGAUGAUCUCCGCGCUCGACAUCGCCGCGUUCGUGGCCGCCGCAGGGAUCGGGGACCGGGCCAUGCGAGCGGUCGUCGGCGAGGUCGUUCAGCCCAAUCCCGGGCUGCUCAGGGAGAUCGAUCCGGGUACCAGGCUGAUUGAUGCACUGGAGCUCAUGAGGCAUGGAGUGAAGCGCUUCCUUGUUCGCAAGAGUGGGAGCUGGAAAGGCAUUACCAAGAGGUUUUCAGUGCUUUAUAAUGGCAAGUGGCUGAAGAAUAUGGAAUCAACUUCUCCAAAUGCAGCCAGCAGCAGCAGACAGCUGUCCUCAUCUAUGGGUUUAGCAGACAAGUUUUGCUGCCUUUCAAGGGAAGAUGUUCUCCGGUUUCUAAUUGGAUGCCUUGGAGCUCUUGCGCCCAUCCCACUGACUCAGAUAUCUUCCCUCGGAGUCAUCAAUCCACAAUAUUGUUAUGUAGAAGCAUCUGCGCCUGCCAUGGAAGCAAUUGAGAAGAUCCCGCAGGACCCAUGCGCCGUUGCUGUAGUGGAAACGAUGCCAGAUGGAACUCGUAAGAUACUAGGCGACAUAUCUACUUACAAACUGUGGAAAUGUGACUAUGUUUCAGCAGCAUGGGCGCUGGCAAACCUGUCAGCCGGGCAGUUUGUCAUUGGCGCUGAUGAGAAUGCAGCGAUGUCCAUGUCUGUCCUCCCGGAGCCUCCUGUCAGCCCAUCAUCACCAGUGGAAGAAAUCAGUCCUGGGCGCUCACCCAGGGCGAAGAAGUUCAGCAGCAGGAGCAUCGGUUUCCAGGCGAACCAGAUGUCGGCGUGGCGGAUGCGGAGCUCGUUCCACCGGGGCAGGAGCACGCCACUGACCUGCAAGAGCACGAGCACCCUCGCGGCGGUCAUGGCACAGAUGCUGUCUCACCGGGCCACGCACGUUUGGGUGACGGAUGCAGAGUCGGAGGAGGACGGCGUUCUCGUCGGCGUGGUGGGCUAUACCGAUAUCUUCAAUGCCGCCACCCGGAGCACCUGCUCCAGCCCGACAACUUCUUGAUGGCUUGAUGCACCACACCGUAAUGUACAGUACUGUGCUUGGUUGAUUGGUUGGUGGUCGCCCCUGGGUGCACGCUUUGCACCGAACUGUAAACUGCACUUGGUUAGUCUGUUGGUUCGUUUGGAGAGUUUUAGAUAUUCUUGGUCUGCAUAGCGCAGGACUUGGUGGUAUAUUGUUGCAUUCGUUGGACGGUUCAAAUAAGGAUUGGGACUUGCCUGGGAGUCCACUCCAUUUUGCAUGCUGCCAAAUGUACUUAUGGAUGUUAGCUUGCUCUUUCCAUGUAUAGAGUAUAGUUGAGUUGCUGUGCAUGCUUUGAA